AUGACCUACUCAGCAAAAGGUGAUCAAGGAUGGACUCUGCUGUGCUUCGAAAACGACAGAGGUGGCGGCCCAGCUAAAGCAUUUAAUAAAACGGAAAAUAAAAUGGUCUCCGAAAACACGUUCGAGAAAAUGAGACAUGGCCUCAAAAGCGAGUUCAGUGGGAAGAUUGGCUGUAAAGAUCUUCCCACUGAAGCCGUCAGUAUUCUCCGGGAAUUGUACGGACUGCGAAUUGCCGAUACAACAGCCUUGGAAUCCAACAACACUGCAAAGCAAUCUCAAGACCAGGCUCUAUCCGCCCUUCUCUCUGCCUCUUUUAAAACCAAGCUUAAAGAACAAAUAAGUCGUUCUAUUUCGUCGAUUCUCAAAAUGAGUGGAAGUGAAGCAAAAACUCCUCAGUCAGCUUCGAGCUUGGCAAAAAAGCAGCAGAGACGGCUCGAGGAUCAGCAGAAAGAAGACGAGCAACUUAGACAAAAAGUAGAAUCAUUAAAACGAGAAUUCCAGGCAUUAGUAGUAAAAGAAAAGUCACUGAGGGAGGAAAACGAUGAGCUUGAAGUGAAAUUGGCGGAAUCCAACAGGGAAAUUGGAGAUUACAAGAAAUCUUAUGGCUGGCGAAAGACAGUUUCGGAAGAUGGAAGUUCCAAUGAUAUGGUAAGCUCAUACAUAUGA